UCACGUGACAGAGGGCGUGUUGCCGUCUCUGCGCAGGCGCAGGUAGUGGGCCGCGGGUCAGCCGACCCAAGGGGCCCUCUAGCUAGGUAAGGCCGCUCCCCGCGCCUCGGAGGCGCCGCCGCCGGCAUGGUUAGCCAGUCGCAGGGGAUCCAGCAGUUGCUGCAGGCUGAGAAAAGGGCCGCCGAGAAGGUGUCCGAGGCCCGCAAGCGAAAGAACCGGAGGCUGAAGCAGGCCAAAGAAGAAGCUCAGGCUGAAAUUGAACAGUACCGCCUGCAGAGGGAGAAAGAAUUUAAGGCCAAGGAAGCCGCGGCUCUGGGAUCCCAUGGUAGUUGCAGCACUGAAGUGGAGAAGGAGACCCAGGAGAAGAUGACCAUCCUCCAGAACUACUUCCUGCAGAACAGGGAUGAAGUCUUGGAUAACCUGUUGACCUUUGUCUGUGACAUCCGGCCAGAAAUCCAUGAAAACUACCGCAUAAAUGGAUAGGAGAAGAAUGACGUGCCUGUCCCAUGGAUUGGUGUCUUAGAUGCCCUCAUGGAAUAUGAAGCAUUACGGAGCUCCAGUUAUAUUCUUGGGAAAGGCAUUAAAUUAUUUCUGUAUAUUAUAUAGCAGGUCCUUUCACUUUUUGCAGAGUAGCAAAUCUAGCUUCUUUGUACAGACUUAGAACUUACCCAAAGAAUUUAUCUUUUUACCUCAUAUUUCUUAGAAAUUUAAUGGGUGUAUGUUGUUUUCCUAUGCCUUUAGCUCAAGCAACAUGUAUCUCAAUGUUAACUUUUUCUGUUUUAGAUCUAGUAAAAAAGGAGAUUCUUUGAAGAAAGAAAGGGAUUAAAUAUAUUUUUUUUCCCUAGUGCUUUCUUGAAGGUCAGGGGCUUUAUCUAUGAAAAAGUAGUGAGUAGUUACUUGUAACCUGUGUGAAGCAGCAGCCAGCCUUAAAAUAGUCCUUUCCGGCUAAAGGAUAGAACAGAGACUACUAGUGUAAUCGUUUGGGCUGCCUUUAAUCAGAUAGUAGAUAGAAUUCACAAACUUGUUACAUGUUAUUACUUGGUGUACUGAUAUCAUUUAAAAGUAAAAGACUCUUUGUCAUGAA